CUACCUGGAACCAAAAAGGGAUCUCCUAUGGGGACAGCCGGAGAACCCUUUUAAGUAGAUAGUACCAUUCUUUCUAUGAGUAGAGUUGGCCUGGGCUACAGUUUAUUGAUAUAGUCAUAGACUGAAUUGUACUGUUUCAAGGCAUUGUUAAUGAUGGUUGAUGAGUAUUACAAUAUAAUUAGUAGAGCAUAAUAAACUGUAAUGAGGUAGAUAUACGAGUAGAUAUAAUAUGUGGGUGGAAUUCAAUUUACACACAAUAUUGAUAAUUAUUUUUAAUUAUAUUUUAGAUUCUUGGCGACAGGGGAAUCCUACAGGACCAUAGGAUUCUGCUUCCGAGUUGGACGGUCCACGGUGGCAGGCAUUGUCCUCUCUGUGGCACAAGCCAUUUGGGACUGUCUGGUUGGUGAAUACAUGCCUGUCCCCAAGGAGGAAGACUGGAGGGCCAUCGCUGCCGAGUUCCUGGGGAGGUGGAAUUUCCCCAACUGUCUUGGCUCCAUUGACAGGAAACAUGUAGUAAUCCAGGCUCCACCGUGCUCAGGUUCACAAUUCUACAACUACAAGGGUACAUAUUCAGUUAUACUCUUGGCUGUAGUAGAUGCCAUCUACUAUUUCCAUGUUGUCGAUGUUGGUGCUUACGGCAAGGGAAGUGAUGGCGGGACCCUCCGGGACUCUGCCUUCGGCCAGGCACUUCAGGAUGGCACCCUGGAGAUUCCACCACCUGCAUCACUCCCUGGAGCUGAAGACCUGGGACCUGUUCCCCACAUCUUCGCCGGCGACGAGGCCUUCCCUUUAAGACCCAACCUCAUGAGGCCCUACGCUGGACGCCAGCUGCCAUUGCCUGUAAGGAUCUUUAACAAACGAUUGUCCAGGGCAAGGUUAGUUGUUGAAUGCACCUUUGGGAUUCUGGAAGCCCGGCGGAGAAUGUAUCGGAGAGUGCUUUGUCUCAGCCCCUCAAAUGUCGAUGCCUGCGUGAAGGCCACAUGCGUUCUCUAUAACUACCCGCGGAGGUCAUUCCAGGAGCUGCUCCGGAUGGAGAUGGGCAUGCCAAAUGGUCACCAGGGCAGGUGCCAACAACGCCCCCAGACAGGCACUCCAGGUGAGGGAGAAGCUGACCACCUACUUCUCAUUGCCAGCAGGUGAAGUCCCAUGGCAGUAUGCCGUGGAGUGAAACGGCUCUUUUAAGACCCCCCUACCACAAAGGUUAUUUUAAGAACCAUCCACCGUUGUCCAUAAAGUUGCAUUUUUCCCCCAGAUUACUUUAUGUAUCAUUGUCUCUUCAUUUGGAAGCUAUAAAUAAGUGACAUUUGUGAGUAAAGACCACACCUUAAAUUGACGUCUGUGACCAGUGGGCAGAUACAUUGCACUUUGACUAUUCUGUUUCUUUACUCAAAGAUUAAACUUUGCAGUAGCCUUGAUGUAUAAAAUGUGUGCAAAUGUUAUUCUAUUCCUCAUGCUGAAUAAGUAGUUAUGAUUAUAUCCGGACAUACUUUGAAACUCUACUUUUGUAAACUACUAUAAAAUCAUUAUUGCCAAUA